GCCGAUCAUGGCUGACGACUUCAAGUCGACCCUGUGCAUCGUGUUCGUCGGUUUAUCAGCGAUCAUCGCGGCGAAUCGAGUCGCUGCUCGAUCGCAGCGCGGCGAUUUCGAAUUCCCGACCGUGGCCAAAUGCAAUUGCUCGUCCACAGGAGGAGACGAUGGGUCGUUCGACGAAGGAAAUCGAGCAACGAGGUAUCCGGACGAAGAGAUCGCUGCAUUUAACGAAACUGACAAUGACUCUACGAUCGACAACGAGAGUAGAGGAUUUUCUCUGACGGAUCUCGUCGAGUCGAUGUUCUCUGCGGUAGCCAGCGGAAUCGGCUCCAUUGUCACUAGUAUUAUCGGCACCGAGAAGAAUUUCAAGUCACGAUCGUCGAGGGUUAGCUACAAGAAUCAUCAGCUGAUUAGAUUGUAUCCGAAUUCGCAAGGACACGUGAACGAUCUGAAAGAGCUCAAGGAAUCUGAACCCGAAGACGUUAAAUUCUGGACCGAGCCAAUGUACAACAGAACAACAGACGUGGUUGUCGGACCAGAUCUUGUCUCUGACUUCAAAGUAUUUCUCAGUGAUAAAGGAAUCGAUUUCAAAGUGCUGAUACCGGAUCUCCAGAAAACUAUAGCGUAUCAGAAUCCAAAAAUGACGAAGGAGCAACGCAACGAUCUCGUGACGACUAACGGGCACAGUAUGACUUGGAAACGGUAUCAUCGAUACGGAGAGAUCGUCAAAUAUUUGGAAUAUUUAGCAUUAAGAUACCCAAGCGUAGCUGAAGUGAUAACUAUAGGGCACAGUUACGAAGGCCAACCUAUAAAGAUGAUAAAAAUCUCAACCGGAACGAAUAAAGGGGGCGAAGCUAAGCCAGCGAUCUGGAUAGAUGCUGGCAUGCACGCACGGGAAUGGAUCGGCUCCGCUGUGGCGACCUACAUCGUCAGCCAGUUGGUCGAGAAGAACUCGAGUUAUGCUAAACUGCUCGACAAUACGGACUGGAUGAUUCUGCCGGUCGUAAAUCCGGAUGGCUACGAGUUCAGUCACACCGGCGACAGAUUGUGGAGGAAGACGAGGAGCAAUCACGCAGAGGAUCAAGACGACAGUCGGUUUCUUCAGUUGGUGAAUCAUUAUACGAGGUGGCUGUGGGGUAAGUGCGAGGGUGUCGAUCCGAAUAGAAACUUCGACUACCAUUGGGGCGAGGUGGAGGCGGGUGGUGCGAGUUUGGACCCCUGCCACGAGACUUACGCCGGUCCACGCGCGUUCUCCGAACCGGAAACGAAGGCAAUGGCCGAUUAUAUUUUAGCUAAUAAACAGAACAUCAGGGUUUACCUGACGUUGCACUCGUACUCGCAGAUGUGGCUAGUGCCAUGGGGAUACACGUACACGAAACCGUUAGAUUACUCCGAAUUAGCGAGCGUAGCUAAGAAAGCGAUUGGCGCAGUCACGAAGAUACACGGGACCAAUUAUCAAGUUGGCCCAUCGGCUGAUUUGUUGUACCCAACUUCAGGUGCUUCCGACGACUGGGCCAAGGGUGUAGCCGGGAUAAAAUACGCCUACACGCUGGAACUUCGAGAUCGCGGCAGGUACGGGUUCCUAUUGCCAGCGUCGCAGAUCGUGCCGACCGCUCGCGAAAUUUGGGCAGGAGUAAAAACGAUCGCUCGUCUAGUCAAUUGAAACGCCUGAAAUCGAUUUCAAACGAGCGAAAUUAUCAGCAGGUUGUAUAUUUGCAACGAUUUCAGAGAUUUUUCAAUCAGUAUCGACGAAAGAAUCUGUCUAUAAUUGGAGAUAAUUCGGCCCGAUAAUCGCAGUAUCGGUCGAGACAGGAGAUAAUCUCCUCUUUGCUUUCUAUUACGAAAAUUAUCUGAAGUGCGUCGAUCGAGAAAAUCGAAAUACUGCUCUCGAACUUUGAAACUUAAUGGCAGAAUUUUGUCAUUUUGAAUUUUAUAUACGACUUUUGUUAUAUAUCUCGUAUAGUAGAUAAUCGCGCGCGAAUUUUAACAACGACAUGUAAAUAGUGCGUAAAAUGCACGGUAAAGUGCGAGAGUCACAGUACAAGAUUCGAUCAAGCUGAAUUGAUUCAUGUAAAGUGUAAUGUGCUUUGAAUGGGGUUUGGCAAGCUGUAAAGUAAUGAGUAAAUAAAUGAAUUUGAAAGCAGCUACAUUGUGAUUCACUUGAUAACACACACCCCAGGAUUUUGAUUAUUAAUUGAUUUUUCUAUCGUAUUCGUAUAAUGUAUGUACAACAAUUUCUUGACGAUUGAAACGCUCAAUCUCGAUAUUAACCGCUUACGAAACAAUGAUGAGCUGUUAUCAAUCUGUGUCUAAUGAAAAAGAGGAAAAGAUCAAUGAGAGAAGAUAAGAAUAGAAAUACGGAAGGAGGUAACCUUGCAAAAAUG